GAGCUGCAGCCGUCUCCCUCGGGCUGCUGCCGGUGCUGCGGGCGGAGGUGGACGAGCGGCUGCGGAGUCGGCUUCGCAGCGUGUUCAGCGUUGUGAGCAGAUAGCGCUGCGAUAUCGCUGGAAUUACACGGCUGCUGACUGCGUUAGUGCUUGUGACUCUUUCUUAAAUGAAAACAGGUGGACCGGUAAUGACUAGUAAACACAUAAAUGACAAGGAGAAUGGCAAGCCCGAGAAGCAUGCAGGCUGUAUCCUUCUGAUCGCACAGCUCCGUCUCUGAAGAUCUGGGUUGCAGACGUGGAGAGUUUAGCAGAAAGCAUUACGGAUCUGUGGAGCUUCUUAUAUCUAGUGAUGCUGAUGGAGCCAUUCAAAGAGCUGGACGGUUCCGUGUGGAAAAUGGCUCCUCUGGUGAGAAUAUGGACUAUGCUCCGGGUACGUGGCACAGAACGGAUGUGCAUUUGGAAAACCCAGAGUAUCAUACAAGAUGGUACUUGAAGUAUUUUUUAGGGAAAGUUCAUCAAAAUUAUGUAGGUACAGAUGCAGAGAAGAACCCUUUCUUUCUGUCUGUUGUACUGUCUGAGCAAAACAAUCAGCGCAUUCCUCAAUACCAUUCAAUACUUUGGAGAAAAACAGGUACUCAGAAAAUAUGUCUCCCUUACAGUCCCACAAAAACAUUAUCAGUGAAAUCUAUAUUAAGUGCUAUGAGUCUUGAUAAAUUUGAGAAGAGCCCAAGAGAAAUUUUUCAUCCUGAGAUACAAAAGGAUUUAUUGGUUCUUGAAGAGCAAGAGGGAUCAGUGAAUUUUAAAUUUGGAGUCCUUUAUGCUAAGGAUGGUCAGCUUACAGAUGAUGAAAUGUUCAGUAAUGAAACUGGAAGUGAAAGCUUUCAACGAUUUUUGCAUCUCUUGGGUGACACAAUUACUUUGAAAGGCUGGUCAGGCUACAGAGGAGGACUGGACACUAAAAAUGAUACAACAGGAACCUGUUCCAUCUAUACAGUUUUUCAAGGGCAUGAAAUUAUGUUCCAUGUUUCAACCAUGCUACCAUAUUCUAGAGAGAACAAGCAGCAGGUAGAAAGGAAGCGACAUAUUGGAAAUGACAUUGUCACUAUCAUAUUUCAGGAAGGUGAAGAGUCUUCUCCAGCAUUCAAGCCAUCCAUGAUUCGCUCUCAUUUUACACAUAUUUUUGCUUUAGUGAGAUAUAAUAAGCAGAAUGAUAGUUACAGGCUGAAAAUAUUUUCAGAAGAAAGCGUUCCUCUCUUUGGGCCUCCUCUUCCAUCCCCACCUGUGUUUACAAAUCACCAGGAGUUCAGGGAUUUUGUGUUGGUGAAAUUAAUAAAUGGUGAAAAAGCCACCUUGGAAACACCAACAUUUUCUCAGAAACGUCAGCGCACUCUAGACAUGCUGAUCCGCUCUUUAUACCAAGACAUGAUGCCUGACCUACACAAGGGAAAUAAUAUGCUUAAUAGAAGAUCCUUCAGUGAUGUGUUACCAGAGUCCCCAAAAUCAACACGGAAAAAAGAGGAAGCUCGACAAGCAGAGUUUGUUCGGCUUGGUCAGGCAUUGAAAUUGAAAACCACUGUGAAAGGGGAUACCACAGCUAACUUGGCAACCACAAGCUUUUGUAAAAAGGAGCCUUGGGAAUCUCAGUCUUUCUGCAGUAAUUUUCCUCAUGAGGUUGUCUGUGCAGAUUCUUGGGGCCAGUCCUUGCUGGUUUCUACAGAUGCUGGCAUCUUGUUAAUAGAUGAUGGUCAACCGUCAGUGCAAGUAUUUGAUAAAACUCUCCAAAUAAAGCAGAUGAAUGUGUUGGAAGCUCUGGAUCUUUUGAUUGCCCGAACAGACAAAGGGAAAGACUCUCGUAUCCUUGUCUUCAGACUCAGUGCUGUCCAAAAAGAUAUAGAGACUAAAAAAAUCAUAAGAAGCAAAUAUGACUGCAGAGAAAAUAAACUGGAGAGAACAAAAGGCUGCCAUUUGUAUGCCAUUAAUACUCACCAUGGAAGCGAACUGAGGAUUGUUGCAGCUAUUCGGAACAAACUACUUCUCGUCACAAAGAAAUAUAAUUCGGACAACUCUUCAAUCAGCACCUCUCUGCUAUCAUCUCCUGAAUCUCCAGUAGAGCAGUUCCAGUACAUCCGGGAAAUAUGCCUUUCUGACCCUCCAGUGGUUAUGACCCUGGUGGAUGGACCUACUGGAGACAGUGACAAUAUGAUCUGUGUAGCAUAUCGGCAUCAGUUUGAUUUAAUCAAUGAGAGUACGGGGGAGUCCUAUAGAUUGCAUCAUGUUGAAACAAACAGGGUUAACUUUGUUGCGGCUAUUGAUGUAUAUGAAGAUGGUGAAGCUGGUCUACUGUUGUGCUAUAACUAUGUUUGUCAGUACAGAAAGGUAUAUCCUUUCAGUGGACAUUCUCCACUUGUCCAGCCAUCAGCUUAUGACUUCCACUUCAGCUGGAAUCAAGUUCCUUAUGCUGUUGUCUGUGCUUUCCCUUAUGUUCUUGCCUUCACUACUGAUUCCAUUGAGAUCCGAUUAGUGGUGAAUGGGAACUUAGUCCACACAGCAGUUGUGCCUGAGCUUCAACUUGUAGCAUCAAGGUCGGAUAUUUAUUUUAAAGCAACUGCUGCAGUGAGUGGAUCAUGUGACAGCAGUUCUAAGGAUAUGAGUUCAAAGAGUUCUCCUCAAACACCGACAGCUUACGAAAAGCCAGAAUUACCUCUUCCUUCUCUAGAAGGUGAAGUUCCAUGCAAAAACCUGUACAAAAUACCUCUGAGCAAUCUGGUUGGGCGAAGCAUUGAACGACCUCUGAAGUCACCUUUGGCUCCCAAGGUCAUCACUACUACACCAUCGAGUGGCAUUACCUCUCUUCCAGUUUUGCACUCACUACCGUUAUCUCGUAUGGAAAUUAAAGAAAUUGCAACCAGAACACGUAAAGAAUUGCUGGGUCUCUUGGAUGAGCCUAUACCCAAGACAGAAAGUGCACAGAAGCUGAAAAAGGUUUCUCGAAGACAGUCAGACCCUAAGCAGGGAGCUGUAAGAUCAACUAGUAGUGACAGGAUAAUCUCAAGCUCAUUUGAAGGCUACUCUGAAAGACGUCAUCUUUCCACUAGUUCAGAUCCUGAUACUUCAGCAAACAGGGAGGAGAACUCACCAUCUAGCUAUCCAUUUCAGCUGAUUUCUUUAUAUGAUGAAGACAUCAUUGACUUAAAAUGAAGACACUUUUAAUACCUUUCUUCCUUACUUCACAUUUUCUUACAGCUCUGUAAGCUCUAUGGCAAUGUCACAAACACUGCUUCUGGUAGUAAAAUGUGGCUGGAAGUACUGGUGAUAAAUCCUUAUGGAAUCCAUGUUCUGGUUAGCACAGCCUGAUUUGGCAAUGCUUUUAUCUUUGACAUAGGUAUGUUCUCUCAGUUAAUGAAGCAUUAUUUUUCAUGGCAUUCUAACAGUAGGUAAUCAGUGGGAGAUUUAGGCUGAAACUGAAGUAAACAAAAAGAAUUACUUGUUCUAAGCUUCUUAUAAUUUGACUUACCUAAAUGACAUGCAGCAAAGUUAGUUGCUGUUAUUACUAUCAUGAGUUGUUUUACAACAGUGUAUGUCAUGUUGGAAGAGGAAUUUUGUAACACAGAUCACUACUUCUGGUUUUUCAGUCUUUGAAAAACAAAACAAUAACAACAACAAAAAAAAAGGCUUGCAGGCAAGGUCAUUUCAAACAUUGGAGUCAGUCCCUAAAUUGAUGCAUCUGUGGUAUGUUCACUGAAGAAUCAGGUGAGAUAUGAAGAUGGUGUUUCCUUGGCUCAUUGUUUAGAGAAACUUGAAAACUCCUUUGGCAUAAAAAAUCCCUGAGCAGAGAACCUUUCUAUAAGACACAAACUUGCAGAAUAUUUCUCGAAAAUUUGAAACAAAAAAAAAACCCUAAAAAACCCACGAACACACAAAAAAUGCGGAAACAAAAACUUAGGUCCAUCUACUGGAAAACUCUUAUUGUAGUGCAUCUGCAGAUUUUUCCAUUACAGGCAGAAGAGCCAACCCAAACUGUCAGACUACAAAAAGAUUCUUAUGCAGACAUCAUCAUUAGCUGUUGUCUGUGCUUGCACCAACAGUAUAAGUAAUUAUUUCAGAUAGUUGUAAUUUUCUAACUGGAUGCAGACUGGAAUUUCAGUGCUAAUCAGGUAGUCUUCUGUGAUGAAACAGUGAUCUUGUCUCUUACUGUAUUAAAGGAGUUUAUAUUUCAA